AGGGCGGGGAAAGUUAGCCCAGUGCGCCCGUCCGCGGGGACCACCGGUCACCCCCGCCUCCGGGACCCGAGCCAGGCGAGAGAGAGAUACAUACAAAUCCUAAAUGGUGAAUUCUGUGUGUUGCAGAUGAAAACUGGAGAUCUGGACUUCUGAAUUUACACCAGAAAAGAUCAGAUUACAAGCCUUCAGAAUGCUGGUGUGAAAGAAGGAGAUGCUGGCCUGACAGGGCCCUACCUCCUGAUAGUCUAUUCAGCUAUAAGUGACGCUGAUGAGGUUAGAGUGUGUUCACAACUCAGUCACCUUGCAAGAGCACCACCAGCUGGGGACCCAGCCUUCAAACCAAGACAUUUUGGAAGGAGUCCCGGGCGUGUAGUAGAGCCUCUCUGGGGGAGAUGUCAGCGUGGACCAUGGGCACCCGAGGUCUGGACACGCGAGGAAGUUUCUUUAAGCUCAUUGACACAAUCGCCUCAGAGAUCGGAGAACUGAAACAAGAGAUGGUGCAUACAGAUGUCAGCCUGGAAAAUGGCCUGGAACCUUCUGAAACCCACAGCAGGUUUAAAGGGGAGCCACUAAAGCGGAUGGACUCACUUUGCAUUCUCAGCAUGGUAAGACACAAGGAUGACAGCUAUUCUGAGGAGAAGGAUGGAAAGACAUGUCCACGAGACUCAGGCUAUGACAGCCUUUCCAACAAGCUCAGCAUCCUGGACCGGCUCCUCCACACCCACCCCAUAUGGCUGCAGCUGAGUCUGGGAGAGGAGGAAGCAGCACACGUUCUGCAGUCCCAGCCUCCAGGGAUCUUUUUAGUCCGUAAAUCCUCCAAAAUGCAGAAGAAAGUUCUCUCCCUUCGCCUGCCCUGUGAAUUUGGAGCUCCACUCAAGGAGUUCGCUAUAAAGGAAAGCACAUACACCUUUUCCCUGGAAGGCUCAGGAAUCAGCUUUGCGGAUUUAUUCCGGCUCAUUGCUUUCUACUGCAUCAGCAGGGAUGUUCUGCCAUUCACCUUGAAGUUGCCUUAUGCCAUUUCAACAGCCAAGACUGAGGCUCAGCUUGAAGAACUAGGCCAGCUGGGACUAAAUUUUUGGAGCUCCUCAGCUGACAGCAAACCCCCCAACUCCCCACCUCCCCAUAGGCCUCUCUCCUCCUCGGCUGCCGACAGCAUCUGUCCUGCCUCCUUGCGUCAGCUCUGCCUUAUAAAUGGAGUGCAUUCUAUAAAAACCAGGACGCCUUCGGAGCUGGAGUGCAGCCAGACCAACGGAGCCUUGUGUUUUAUUAAUCCUCUUUUCUUAAAAGUGCACAGCCAGGACCUCAGCGGAGGCCUGAAGCGGCCGAGCACAAGGACUCCCAACGCCAAUGGCACCGAGAGGCCCCGGUCCCCCCCACCCAGGCCCCCGCCCCCCGCUAUUAAUAGUCUGCACACAAGCCCGGGGCUGUCCAGGACUGAACCCCAGACGAGCAUGCCAGAAACAGUCAGCCAUAGCAAACAUGGGAACGUAGCUCUGCUUGGCACAAAACCAACUCCCAUCCCUCCACCCCGGCUGAAGAAGCAAGCUUCUUUUCUGGAAGCAGAAGGCAGCGCCAAGACCUUGACCGCCGCACGGCCACGGCCAGGCCAGUGUCCCGAGCUGGAGCUGGGCACAGCUGGGCAUGCAGGUGGAGCCCCGCCCGGGGACGCCCCCGGGGAUUGCACAAGGCCGGGCUCUGAAUCACCCCAGCCUCCGUGCCAUGGAGGCAGACAGAGGCUGAGCGACAUGAGCAUUUCCACUUCCUCCUCCGACUCCCUGGAGUUCGACCGGAGCAUGCCCCUGUAUGGCUACGAGGCAGAUACCACCAGCAGCCUGGAGGACUACGAGGGGGAGAGUGACCAGGAGACCAUGGCGCCCCCCAUCAAGUCCAAAAAGAAAAGGAACAGUUCUUUUGUGUUGCCCAAGCUCGUCAAGUCCCAGCUGCGAAAGAUGAGUGGGGUGUUCAGCUCCUUCAUGACCCCAGAGAAGCGGAUGGUCCGCAGGAUAGCUGAGAUGUCCCAAGACAAAUGCACCUAUCUCGGAUGCCUGGUGCAGGACUACGUGAGCUUCCUGCAGGAGAACAAGGAGUGCCACGUGUCCAGCACAGACAUGCUGCAGACCAUCCGGCAGUUCAUGACCCAGGUCAAGAACUAUUUGGCUCAGAGCUCCGAGCUGGACCCCCCCAUCGAGUCCUUGAUCCCCGAAGACCAAAUUGAUGUGGUGUUGGAAAAGGCCAUGCACAAGUGCAUCCUGAAGCCCCUUAAGAGCCACGUGGAGGCCAUGCUGAAGGAUUUCCACAUGGCCAACGGCUCAUGGAAACAACUCAAGGAAAACCUGCAGCUGGUGCGACAAAGGAAUCCACAAGAGCUGGGGGUCUUUGCCCCAACCCCUGAUUUUGUGGAUAUGGAGAAAAUCAAGGUUAAAUUCAUGACCAUGCAGAAGAUGUAUUCUCCAGAGAAGAAAGUCAUGCUGCUGCUGCAGGUGUGCAAGCUUAUCUACACAGUCAUGGAGAACAACUCAGGGAGGAUGUAUGGUGCGGAUGACUUCUUGCCAGUCCUGACCUACGUCAUAGCUCAGUGUGACAUGCUUGAACUGGACACUGAAAUCGAGUACAUGAUGGAACUGCUGGACCCAUCGCUGUUACAUGGAGAAGGAGGCUACUAUUUGACAAGCGCCUAUGGAGCUCUGUCUCUGAUAAAGAAUUUCCAAGAAGAACAGGCCGCGCGUCUGCUCAGCUCAGAGACCAGGGACACCCUGAGACAGUGGCACAAGCGGAGAACUACCAUCCGGACCAUCCCUUCUGUAGAUGACUUUCAGAAUUACCUCCGAGUUGCAUUCCAAGAGGUCAACAGUGGCUGCACAGGGAAGACCCUCCUUGUGAGACCGUACAUCACCACGGAGGAUGUUUGUCAGCUCUGUGCUGAGAAGUUCAAGGUGGAGGACCCCGAGGAAUACAGCCUUUUUCUCUUCGUUGAUGAGACAUGGCAGCAGCUCGCAGAAGACACUUACCCACAAAAAAUCAAGGCCGAGCUGCACAGUCGACCCCAACCCCACAUCUUCCACUUUGUCUACAGGCGUACCAAGAAUGAUCCUUACGGUGUCAUUUUCCAGAAUGGGGAAGACCUCAGUCCCUCAUAGAAGACACAUGGGACUUCCCAUUGAUGCAUCCCAAAGGGAGCUAGAAGCCCAGCCUUCGGGCUGGCACAUGACGGAGCCCAGAAGACAGUCACCUCUUUGAGGACCCCUCAGUUCAGUGACGGAGCCAUCCAUAGGCUGACUUGGCCCUGGGCAUAUUUUAGACACAUUGCCUAGGCAAAGUAGCUAAGGUUUGUCUAACUGUAAGAUUCUCCUCCAUUGAUGGAGAAUUGCAUUUGAUGAUUCAAGUGCCCUGAGGUUCUUGGCUACCUAGCCCUAGCCAGGCUCUAGGUUGGCUGAUGUAUGUAUAUGUGCUGAAGAAACAUUUAAGGUACAAUUUCUUCCCUUGAAUUCAACAGCAGGUUGACAAGAUGUCCGAUGCAGUGCGUCUGGUACUUCUCAGUUCUGUAGAUGUCUCCAUUCUUUCUUUCCUUCUACUCUUCCUUUUUCUUCUUCUUCUUUUUUUUUUUUUACAAAGAGCCUUUGUGGUUUUUAUAUAUUUCAUAGAAAUUUUUAUAGCAGUUGCAGGUAAACUGUCAGGAUUGGUUUUUAAAAUAUUUUUGUAAUUUUAAAAUAUUCUAUAAUUAUGCAUGUGAUUUAACAUUUAAUAUUUGAAAAUAAAUCUCUUGCUGGAUUUGAGAGUAUCUUGUUUUAGAAGUCUCUCCUCUGUAACUGGAUGUUUUGGCAAUUUUGUGGGGAGAGACUGCUGGAUCUCAUAAAACAACGUAUUCCUGACACUGGCCACAGACUGCCUUUGAAAAUCUGAUGUACUGUUAUCCUGUUCACAUUUAGUAGUGUGACAUUUAUUUGUUUUGUUUUUUAAAUAAGUGAUGCUGAGAAUAAGGAGAGAAAUGAAUGUAGAGAAAGGUCGAGAGAGAAAUACAGGCUCUAAGCAAGGGCUGGGGAGAGUAGUCUGCAGGUUCAGACUCUCCAGAGGAAGCAGGAAAAGGAGUUGGAAGGAAGCACCUAUGCUACAAGUACUGUAAAUAUGCAAUGCCGUGAGAUUUGGCCAACAUCGGUUCUAUAUGCUGUCUGCUUUGGGAAAACAAUUUUAAAAUGGCCAAUUUGGGCUGGAGGGAUGGCUUAGCAGUCAAGGCGCUUGCCUGUGAAGCUUGGGACCUAGGUUCUAUACCCCAGUGCCCACAUAAGCCACAUGCACAAA